AUGCCCUCCGCCCCGCGCGAGCGGGUCCGCACGCUGCGCGCGUGCACGGCCUGCUCGUCCCGCAAAGUCAAGUGUGACGGCAACGACACGUGCGCGAGCUGCGUCAAGCUCGGCGUUGCGUGCGUGUAUGUGUCUUCGGGGAAGAAGCGGGGCCCGCCAAAGGGUGCGCCGGCGCGUGGGGGAAGGAAGAAGCAGGUUCCCGACAGCUCCCCGCCGACGGCGGCAGAGAGCGAGGACCGUAAAGUCGACACUGGCAGCAGCGACUUCUCCUCGGCGUGGUCAGCGUCGGCAGCUGCUGCGGACCCGGCCCCGCCGUCGGCCAUCACGCCGUCCUACUCGUCGCUUUUGGCCAACAUGCCCCCGAGUAUGGAGUUUGACACGGGCGACAUGAUGUCUGAUCUGCUACUGCGCUCCGAGGCGUCGCUCGCCGUGUCGCCUGCGACCUCCAAGCCGGCCAACUCGCCCCACACGGCACGCACGCCGCGGAUACCCACGCUGAGCAACCACAACAGCUACCGCGCUGCCGCGUCGCCCUCGAUGCGGAGCGUAUCGUGCGACACUGGCCUGUCGGAGGAGGCGAUCGACGGGCUGCUGCUCAUCUACGAGACAUUCAUCCACCCGCACUGGCCGGUCAUCUACCUUCCUGCGCUGCGCUCCCUACGCGCACUGGAGACACAGGCGCCGAUUCUGUUUGACGCCAUCCUCGCCAUCUCCUCGGCCAACAGCGACUUAACCCAGAGCCCCGCACCCGUGGCGCUCGGGGAACGCAUCACGCGCGGGCCGCUGUCGUCAUUGUCCGAGACGAUUCUCGAGUCCGUGCGCCACCGUAUCCUGGCGAGUCUCUAUUCCAAUCGCAGCGACCUUGCGACCGUGCAGGCGUUGGUGAUCGUGUCCCUGCAAGACUUGGGGUACGGCCGCACGUCGCUCGCGUACCAGAUGGGCGGGAUUGCGAGCCGCAUGGCGAUCGAUUUGGGAUUACACAACGUCGGUCCGACGACUGCCGGCGGAGGCGGAGGUGGCGGGGAGCGCGAUGGCCGACGGAAGCAGGAGCAGUGCCGAACGCUGUGGGCGUGUUUCCUGCUCGACAAGAUCCUGGCCGCUGCGCUCCAGCGCCCGUCGAUGCUCCGCCUCGCCGACCUCGACACGUUGCGGCCGAGCGUGAUGGAGCGGGAUGAGCUCGACCUCUGGCUUUCGGGCGGCGGGCAACACUUUCUCCAGCCGCAGGCGGCGCAGGCGAUGGAGUGUGUCAAGUCACAUGCGCUGUCUAGCUUCAACUCGUGGUGCGAUAUCGGGAUCAUUGUCGAGACGGUCCUUGACCAGGUUUACCGGCCCGCAGCGCGGCGUGCGCGUGCUGAGGGCGUCUACUCGCAGCAGGCCGAUGAAGCGACCAUGCAGAUUGACGCCGAGCUGCGGCGGUGGCGGUCUAACCUCCCCGAGCACCUGCAAUGGCGCGACGAGGACGGCGUGUCGGCGCACGUCAAUGUCGGCCCGCACAUCCUCACCCUGCGUGGAUGGUACUAUACUUGCCUGCUGCUACUGCAUCGGCCCCGCGUGCCCUACCUCCAGGAGACGUACGAGAACGACCACGACCUGGAUGCGAUCCACGCAUUGCAGAGAUUACAGCAGCCCGACCCCAGCUCGUCGCUAUCCGACCCGUUCCACCGGUUACCCAAGGGUGUCGAUGCGAGCAGAGCAGCAGCCAACGGCAUCUGCAGCAUCAUGGAGGCGUACGAGACGACGUUUAGGAUCCGCAAGUUUCCAAGUUCGUGGGUCUACCUCGUGUUCCAGGCGGCCACGGUGCACGCCGGUCUGGCAUCACACGCUGGCCGGACCCGCGGUAACGAUCUCAACGUGCACUCGCUGUCGCCACUGCGCGUCGAGUCGAUCCAGCGGCUGGAGCAGUGUAUCCGCUGGCUCGACGACAUGUCAGUGACGUGGGCGAGUGCGUCGUCGCACGUCAACAUUCUGCGCAACCUCAGCGCGGUGGGAGCAAAGACACGGCCGCCAAGUCCGCAGCCAGAAACCGGCUCAUUCGACACGGGACAACACCUGCUCAACACUGGUCGUAUGCUGCCCCCGCCCCCACCAGACAUGUCAGGUACGGCGGCCGAGAUCAUCGACGACUGGACGUUGUUUUGGGCACUCAUGCCCGCGAGCGACGACGCGGGGCUGUGGCACUCGUUUAACGACAUGUUCACGAGUUAGGGCACUAGUUUAUGUUGUAAUCUUGUACAUUGUACUAUGCAGUUGCACCGGGCACGAGCACGUGCUGGAGGGUAUACCGCGCGAUGCCGCGUCCAGCGCCAGUAGUGAACGGGACCGUGACGUACCCUGCGUCGAUCCAGCCGUCGCGCAUCAUGUAGCCGGCGGCGAGGAAGAAGCCGACGGCCCAGACGCGGCCAGGCCAGCCGCGGACCUUGCGGCCGGUGAUGGCGCGGAACGCGGCCUCGAGCCCGGCGCUGACGCCAGAGAGCGUGAAGAAGGCCGCGACGGACAGGAGCGCGCGAGGGCCGAUAGCAGCGGGCUGGAAGGCGGCAUGGUACGCCGCGCUGAAGACAAACACGAGCGGCAGCGCCGCCCGCUGCGGGAGGCGCAAGAGCCGCACCGUGCCAGUUGACAAGAGCGUGAAGUCGCGCCGGAAGUUCUGGUGCCACCUGCGUCCCCAAAAGUCGAGCAACGAGGUCGACGCGAACGGGUUGGAGAACAGAUCCGGGUCGAACGCGUCGGGCUCGUAGAUGCCAGUCGCGAUCGAUACCGUGGCAAGCGCGUGAUAAGGCCACGAGAGGACGAGCGACGUCCCCGCGCCAAUGGCCGCCGCGAUCGCUGCUUGUAAGACCACGUGGGGGAGGGCCACGGGCGGGAGGACGGCGGGGAGGAGGUACAGCUGUGUGCCCAGCAAGUCGUCGAUGCGUCCGCGUGGCGUGGGGAAGGGAGAGCCGAUCGUGCCCGGCGCCAGGGCGAGGAAGAGGGCCUGGAUCGUGUCCAUUAUCACGAACUGGGUGGCGGCGAUGCGCGCGUGGUGUGCCACGGCGGCGAUGCGUGACCUCGCAGCCUUCGGAGGGGUGUGGGACUUGGCGGUGCGCGGCUUGAGAUAGCCUGUGGCUGGUGCGCCUGCGAUGCGUAUGUUGCGCCAGCGCAAGUUGAUCACUGUGUCGAGGGCGGAGAAUGCGCGGGCUCGGGGAUAGCUGUCGGACAGGGAGGGGAGGAGGGCGAGCUGGACGUGCUUGAGGGCCAUGUGCGGGUACUGGGUGCUCAUUGCCGCUGUGAGCAUGUUUCGGCGGAGGUCUGUCGCGCGAGCGAGCGUCAGCGAGCGCCCGAGUGGGCGAGCCGGCUCUCGUAGAACGAAGGGGACGUACUCUGGCUGGACCACCAUCGGAAC